CAUCCCGCUUGAUUCUCAACCUUUCUAUCCCUCCCCACCCUAAUCGUUUUCUACUAUGUUACGCAGAGUUUCACGAAUCUUCAAGGGGGACGAAAAGAUGAAAAACUCGAAGGACUCUAACGCGGACAGCAAAGCGUCAGCUUCAGCUCUAAAAGCGAAAGCUGUUCAAGCUCCCAAAGAACUGAAGCAGGGAGAGUUCGUUGGUGCUUUGGAUUGCGGAACUACAUCCAUUCGAUUCAUGAUAUUCGACAAACAUGCCAAGGUCGUCGCUCAGCACCAGCUAGAGUUCCCCCAAUACUACCCCCAGCCAGGAUGGCAUGAACACGAUGCGAAAGAGAUUCAAGAACACGUGGAGAAAUGUAUUGAGGAAGCUGUAAAAGCCUUGGAGGCAUCAGGCUACAAGAGUGACAGCAUCAAAGUUAUUGGCAUAACCAACCAACGCGAGACUACGGUUGCUUGGAGUCGGAAGACUGGUCAACCACUGUGCAAAGCUAUCGUAUGGACUGAUUCGAGAACCAAAAACACUGUCGUCCACUUUCAAAAGAAGCUUCAGGAAACGGGAAUUGAGGUUGCAGAGGGGCAGUUCAAGAAGGGCGAAGAAGGUGUCGAUGCACUGCGUGAAAUCACUGGACUUCCGUUAUCGACGUAUUUCUCAGCCGUCAAGUUCCGUUGGAUGUUGGACCAUCAUCCCGAUGUCGCAGCUGCUCAUGAGGCAGACGACCUGCUUUUUGGUACUGUUGAAUCAUGGGUCCUCUAUAACCUUGCAGGUGGUGCUGAGAAAAAUCUACACGUUUGCGAAGUUACCAACGCGUCUAGAACUCUCUUACUAAACGUCAAGACCUUGCAAUGGGAACCAAGUCUACUCAGAUUCUUCGGAUUCCGAGAAUCUAUAUUACCCAAGAUCGUUUCGUCUUCUGAAGUUUAUGGGAACGUUGCCAGUGGGGCUUUAAAGGGAGUACCUGUUGGCGGUCUUGUUGGCGAUCAACAAGGAGCCCUUGUGGGCAACAAGUGCUUGAAGGAGGGUGAAGCCAAGUGUACUUAUGGCACUGGUGCUUUCUUACUCUUCAAUACGGGAGGUGAAGUUGUGAAGAGCAAUCACGGUUUGGUCAGCACUGUCGCAUAUCAAGCAGGCCCAGAUGCACAGCCUGUUUAUGCACUGGAAGGCAGUAUAUCUGUCGCCGGGAGUGCCGUCAAAUGGCUUCGUGAUACGAUGGGUCUUAUCGACUCCGCUGAUAAGGUCAACGCUCUUGCGGCCAAGGAAGAAGACACAGGAGGUCUUUAUUUCGUUACCGCCUUCUCUGGACUUCUUGCCCCGUAUUGGGAUCCUGGUGCCGCGGGGUUGUUGAUCGGAAUUUCUCAAUACACCAACCCCUCCCAUAUCUGCCGCGCAACCCUUGAAGCGAACGCCUUUCAAACGCGUGCUAUCAUCGAAAGCAUGAAACUCGACUCUGGAAACGAGCUUAAGCAUCUUAAAGUCGACGGUGGAAUGACCAACGGCGACUUGGCGAUGACCGUGUUGGCUGAUGUCGGGGGGUUUGUUGUCAUUCGACCUGAAAUGAGAGAGUCAACUGCACUCGGAGCUGCCCUUCUUGCUGGGUGUGCAAUUAAGCUUUUCGGAUGGGAUUUGACGAAACCGGAGACGUUGGCUGAGGUGAAUACGCUUAAUAAUACGGAGUUUAAGCCUGCUUUGGCGGAGGAGAAGAGACAAGAGAAAUGGGAAGGUUGGCAAAAGGCUGUUGAGAGGGCGAAAGCGUGGGAGGAGGGUGUUGAUGAGUGA